AUGGAUCUACAAUCGCUCGCAGCUGGCGUCGGAAUCGAGACGUGGCAGACGGAAUUUGAAGGCCACAAAAUCACCAUCCACGCGAGCAAGGACAUUCUGAGAGGCGUCCGAGGCCUCCAGACAAGCCCGGCCGCCGCCACGGGGAUCCGAAACAAGCUGCCCCCGAUUCUCAGCUUCAACGUUCCCGCCGAUCUGGCCGACGACCCUUGGGACUUCGCGGCGCGCUUCCUCCAGCACGAGUGGCGCACCCAGCGGCAGAACCACACGUACCCACUGGACGUGAUCUUCGCGGGCGUGGCGACGUCCGACCAGCUGCACCGGGCGCGGUUCUUCCACGAAGGGCUGCCGGGCCAUCAGGGCCCGCCGGUGCUCUGUACCGGGAAGCAUGGCCAGACGGAGUUCCUGGCGGCUUCCUCACCGACGGAUGUCGCGUUUGUGCAGAUUACCCUGGAUUUCAUGGUGGAUCUGCUCUUCAAGAAUCGCUAG